UAGUAGCACACACACAUGCACCUACCAAACUGCCACCUGUUCAAACAAUUAACGUGUCUGAAAACAAGACAUGCAGCUCUAAAAAAUGCUCUCUAUAUAGUGACACCUUUGUUACGUGCAAAAUCACUUCUAUCCAACUUCUGCUUUGUCACUCUUUUGAUAAUGGAGCCUCGAAAAUCUUUCUUAGCUUCCCAAUUUUCCUCCUUGUUGAUUUUCUUCCUUGUUAUUACCAUUUCCUUGUGUGAAGGAAAGGAAUCAAGUGAGGAACACAGUGUGAAGCCUCAUAAGGGACCUGUGGUAGAGAGGGAUGAAAGGAGGACAUUAUUUGACACUGAAUAUGGAGAGAUCUCUGCCAUUGAUGUCAAAGAUGGAAACAAAACACUACCAUACCAUCUUCAAUUCUUUACAUUGGAACCCAACUCUGUCUUUCUUCCUGUGCUUCUCCAUGCAGCUAUGGUCUUUUAUGUUCAUACAGGGAGUGGAAAGCUGAGUUGGGCAAAUGAAGAUGAAACUGGCACGACGGAAAUAUGUGAAGGAGAUGUAGGCAGCCUCAGAGAAGGAUCUGUUUUCUAUAUACACAGCAACUUGGAAGCACAAAGGAAGAAACUAAGGAUUUAUGCAAUGUUCACCAAUACAGAUGAUAGCACUUUUGAUCCAUCAAUUGGUGCUUACUCAAGGAUCAAUGAACUAGUCAAAGGCUUUGAUAAGAAAAUCAUCCAAGCAGCUUUUAAGGUUCCGGAAGAUUUGGUUGAGGCAAUCACAAACAAGAAAGAGACACCAGCUAUAGUGCAUGCUCCUUCAAAGAGGAAGCAUAACAGUGUUUUGGAAUUGGAGCCUUCGUUUCUUAAAUACUUCAUAGGCAUUGAAUCCAACUCCAAGAAGCUCCAAACAUACAAUAUCUUUGAUAAUGACCCUGACUUCAAAAACAGUCAUGGUUGGACCUUAACAGUUACCAAAAAGCAACUUAAACCAUUAAAGCAACACAACAUUGGAUUUCUCAUGGUGAAUUUGACCAUGGAAUCAAUGUUGGGGCCUCAUUGGAAUCCAUUGGCAACAGAGAUAGCGGUGGUGUUGGAAGGGGAAGGCAUGGUUAGAGUAGUAUGUGGAAGCAACAAUGUUGAUGAAUGCCAAAACAAGAGGUUUAGAGUUAAGCAAGGAGAUGUUUUUCUGGUUCCUAGGUUUCAUCCAAUGGCUCACAUGUCAUUUGAUAAAGAGCCACUUGUUUUUAUGGGGUUCAGCACUGCUGCAAAGAAAAAUCAUCCUCAGUUUUUGGCAGGUAAAGGAUCGGUGCUUCAGAUUCUAGACAAACAGAUAGUGGCUACCUCUUUAUGUGUAAGCAAAAGAACUAUUGACCAGCUUUUGGAUUCUCCGGAUGAUUCGAUCAUUUUCGGGUGUAAUUCUUGCGCUGAGGAAGAGGAGAAGUUAAUGGAGGAAGAAAAAGAGAAGGAAAAGGAGGAGGAAGAGAAGAGGAAAAGAGAGGAAGAGGAAGAAGAGGAGAAAGGGAGAGAAAAAGAGGAAGCUAAAAAAAGAGAGGAAGAAGAAAAAGAGAGAGAACGAAGAAGAAAAGAAGAAGAGGAGGAGGAAGUUAGAAGAAGAGAGGAAGAAAGGAAAAGAGAAGAAGAAGAAGCUAAAAGACAACAAGAAGAGAGGGAAAGGAAGCGAGAAGAGAAGGAAGCGAGGAGACGGGAAGAGGCGAGGAGGAAGCAAGAAGAAAUUAGAAGACAGAAAGAAAGGGAAAGGGAAGAAAAGAAGGCAGAGAAGGGAAAAGAAAGAAGAACUGAAGAGGCAGAGAGUGAGGAAGAGGCAGCUAGAAGACAACAAGAGAAGAGGGAAAGGAAACGAGAAGAAAGGGAGCAAGAAGAAGAAUCAGAGGGGGAGGGUGAAGCUAAGACCGAGGAGGAAGAAGAAGAGACCGAGAGCGAAGGAGGAAGGAGACAAAGAAGAAGAAGCAGAGAAGAAGAAACAACAGAAUGGGAAGAAGAAGUAGCCAAAAGACAGCAAGAAGAAAGGGAGAGGAGAAGAGAGCAUGGCAGUGAUAACAAAUCCAUGAAAGGAAAAAGCAAUGAAAGCAGCUUUGAUGGAAGGAGAGUUCUGAAGAUUCCGAGGAAUGUGUGAUUGUGUCUAAACUCUUAACUAUCAAGAGGGUUCACUACUUAUAUGUAAAUGAUGUGUAUUAAAAUAAGAACUUUUUUAUGCACAUCUGUUUCCCUGUUUCUGUUUCUGUGUGUUUUAAAAUUUGAAGGUCUAUGUUUCAUGAAGCUUGCCCGGCAUUCAUGUCUAGUGUUAAUUAGAAUAAGAGCUAUUGUUAGGUACUCAUGUGUAUUACAAUAAAAACCUUCAGUCUUCAAUCUAUUGUUAUGUUUUGCAAUA